ACGGACGAACAAAGGAAGGAUUUAAACAGUGUGAACUUCAUGCAAUUGAUUUUUUGAAGAACAAUUUACUGAAACCUUUGCUUAUUCAUCUAUUAUUCGGAAAGUAUAUAGUUAAAUAUUAUUUAAGUGUUAUUGACUCUAAAUAUCGCCUUAUUACAUUGAAAAUGAAGGACCCUUUUGCAUCGGACGCUGGGAUCGAUUCCCCAUCACACAGCCUGAAAAAUGUUGAUGGAUGUUAUAAUAAUAGCCUUUUUAAGGGAAAAACAUUCGCUAAUUCACGCCGUGCCUUGCAGUCUGGCGCUGAGAAGAUUUCCAGAACAUUUAGGAGUGUCAGGAACACAUUUGGGAACUUGUCUCAGCAUUUGAGGCUGGCUGGCAGACGCAGGCAUCGGUUAGCUGAGAUGGGGUCACCAUGCCGGGCUCCUUCUACGCCUGUUAUGAAGAAAAAGGUUCUUGGCAGAAGUCCAGCCAAACUGUACAGCCCGUUUGGCAUUGAAACGCCUCACAGCCGCGACUUCAGGAUGUCUCCGUACAUGCCCGACACUCCAGAACAUGGUUUAUCGCCGAAACGUCACAAAAGCAUAGCGCAGUCAUGGCAUCUGCUGUCCAAGAAACGGCCGCGGGUUCUCUUCCAUUGAUCCGUCUAAUGUACCAAAACAAGAGGUGAAUUUAUAUGUAAUGUUUCCUAAAUUUUGAAAGAUUUCGAAAUAUUUCCAAACAUUGUUACAAUAAAUAUUAUAUAACAUGAAUACCUAUUAUCACGUCUUUACCCUGUAAUGGAACAGGGUAGGCAGAGCCAACAGUCUCGAAAAGAGAGACAGAUAGCUAGCCCAUCGCCUAAAAGAAGAAUCCCAAGUUUAUUAUAUAAGUUAUAUAAUAUUAGUUGAAAUAUAUACGGGAGAACAGAUAGAGCUAGCCCCAUAGUAAGUUAGAGACUUGUGCUAUGGGUUACUGGAAAUUAUUUUUAGAAUGUAGAAGUUUAUCAGACAAAAAAAUAUUUUAAAUGCAUUAGAUUUUAAAAGUUUAUAUCUUUUAUAUACAAUGAGAAAUCUUUAUAGAAAUUUAGGAAACUUACAUCAUCUCUUAUAAUAUUGUAACCCACCGUUUAAUUUAAGAUGCUUUGAAUGGUUUGUCGAGUGUAGUGACGUGCAUAACAUACAAACAGACUGGAUCUACCCUAUUCUACCUUUUAUCCCUUAUGGGUUGGACAGAGCCAAUAGUCUCGAAAAAUAUAGAGACAGGUUGCUGGCCCAUCGCAGAAUAUUUUACUGUAGAAACAAAUUUUAAUCCUAAGUAUGUAUAAUUUAUUCGCUUUGCCAAAUAUUUAAUUGAAAUCCAAAUUUUCUCUUAGAAAUGAAAGCGAAAACGAUUUUUUUUGUCAAAGCAACAAAUGGUAGAUUUUAUGCACGUCACAGGAAGGCUUGAUAGAAGGCUGGAAGGAAAUAAUCUAAUUCAAAAUAUUUUUAUAUAAUUUUAUUUAUCAUCAAUCCCAAAUGAACCUCUAUUGUUCAUUCGUGUUAUUUUAUUUCUGAAUAAAAGUAUUUUUUUAAACCAUAAUUUUAAUGUUUUUAUAAUAGCUUCAAGCCUUCUAUAGCCGUUUUUAUGCAAUUGGUGCUAAAUGUCAUGUAAUUGUAUUAGCUUCUCUGCUAAUGCAUCUGGAAUGGGGCUUAUGUAAUAUAUAUUAUAUUCUAUAUGAAAAGGACUGAACAUUAUUCUUCCUGAAGUUUCAAGUAUAUUAUGUAAGUAUGUAGAAUUUUUAUAAUUCCCAUUUUCAUAAUUUCAACAAUUAUUGUUCAAUGUGAAAAGAAAAAUGAAUCAGAAAUAACCGGUUAUUAUGUUAAUGCCUUGUUUUUCUCAUUGUGGCAAGUAAAAUUCUAAAUUUCUUGUGUUUGAGUAAAAAAAUAAUAACAUAAGCACUUACACUAAAUUACAUCUGGUUUAUAGCUUAUUUUGCAAGCUGGCAUUUGGCAAACUAUAGAAUAUAUUAUUUUUUUAUUAAUAUUAUUAUAUGGUAUUAAUAACAACAAGUAUUAAAGUCAUAUCCAGUAUUAAAAAUGCCAAAAUUGUAUCGUAAAAUUGCGAGAAAGGUGAUGUAUUUACUACGCUUCGCUACGACAAUAUUAGUCUGCUAACGCUUAGUUUUAAGUGGUAUAAGAUGCCUAUAAUAUUUUAUAAUUGAUGUAAUAAUAUUUAGGUUUUUUAAAAAGUUAUUUAUUAAGAACAAAAGUAGUCGCAGGAAAAUGUUUUUCCAACGCUACUUAACAGGUUUUAGUGUUUUUGUAAAGAGUGAUUUUAUUUCGUAGGUAUCCAAUAAUAAAUUGUGUAAGACUGAUUUAUCAGUAAUCGAUAUACACAUAGCAUUUUUUAGAUGUUUUUCAAUAAUUUGGCAAAUUUAUUUUUGUAUAGAUAGGAGUAUGAAAUACCAGUCAUUAAAUUUGUUUUUUUUUCUGAUGCAAGUCUUCAUUUAUUCAAGACUUAUUUUUAUUCUUUAGGUAGUUGUCUAACUAAAUAUAAUUACAAUUUCACUAUUAAUUUCAACUAUUUCUAUAUAAUGCUGCAGAAACGAUAAUAUAAAUGUACCUAAAUCUUUUCUUACAAUGCUAGAGUAAUACCAAUUUAUGUCAUUAUGUCGAAGGGUUUAUUUAACCCUGCCAAUGUGUGUAUUUAUUAAUUAGUAAAAGGCGUCUUUAUGAAAAGUACUUAUCUAAAUUUUCACAGCAAAAUUAUGAAACAGAAUAAUUUUCCUUAGAAAUCGGAAGAAUCGAUUUUUUUAUUUUUUAAAUACUUACAUAAAAUCACGCUUUUUUCCGAAGGGGUAGGCAGAGACUACAUUACUUAUUAUAUUAAUUACUAGCCUCGAUCUCUGCAUACUUCUUUCGCUUCGUCCACAUUCAUAACUCUCUUCAUGCAAGCUCUGCGCUUUCGGGUUAGUACUCUUGACCUGACCUUUUGCCAGGACUCCACACUCUCCUUGUAUAUUUGCUUAGUCAAUCAGCUUUCUUGCUCUCCAAAUGACCAAACCCUUUUCUAUUCCUUGUACUACAUCUUCUUUCACAUCACAACAUCCCUUCUCUCGCUGUUCCUUAUCCUGUCACUCAAUUUAACACUGAUCAUACUCCUUAACGCUCUCAUUUCCGUAUUCUGCUUUCGUGCUUCUUUUGCCACACCCAACUUUCACUCCCAUACAUUAAUGUCGGGAUCAACAUGCCCACAUGCACAGCCAGGCGAGUCUUUUUGGACUAUCUCUGACUGUUCGCAAAAGCAUGUACCUAAUGCUCCAUUCACCAAGUUUACCGCGUUCACUCUCCUUUCAAUAUCUAUCACACUUUCUAUCUGAUGUAAACUUUGAUCUUAGAUAUACCUACAAACCUCUUUCACUUGCUCGACUUUUUCUCCUCCAAUAUUACUGCUAUUAUCUCCUACAAUAUGCUGAAAUUUUCUUUUCCAUUUAAAAAAAAAUAUUAUUUUUUUGUAUGGUAUUUAUUGAUCUUCAACACACUUCUGUUUUUGAGUAAUUACAUAUUAUAGUUAUUAAUUUUGGGAUGUCUUAUGCACAGAGCUGUGAAAGUUUAGAUAUUGUUUAAAAGCCAUCAUUAUUCAAGUUGAGGCUGCUCGUGUUUAGUAAAAAAAAGGCUGUAUUUGUAAAGUAGCGGACUGUAUAAGAUAUGCUUAUUUUUUCAAAGUAGUAGGUAUGUGGUAUAUGAGGCUCAACAUCACUGAUGUACUUAUUUGUUUAUUUCUAUAUUGAAUAUCUACAAUGUAA